AUGGGUGGUUUCGUGGAUCCCUUCGUCCCGGAACCGGCAUGGCCACAGGACACCAUGUUCAUCGGCUCAUCCUGGCCAGGCAGCGCUUCUUCCCUCGCCGACGCUGCAGGGACGUACCUGGGAGCUGCAGCUGCUGCACCUGAUCAGUUUCACCUCCAGACCGGCUCCUCCACAGCGCUCUUGAACGUCAGCGGGAAGGAGAUCGUGUCGCCCGUGGAGCUGCACGAGCAGUUCCUGAGCGCGCACGUGCCGGACGACGUGGCCCAGGGCCUCAACUUUGAAUCGGACUCGGUUCUGAGCACGCCCUGCGCGAUAUCGCUCGCCGACAGCGCCCCUGUGGUGUGCAGCUCCAACGACAGCAGCGGGAGCGAGCAGUCCGGCCUGCCGCGGUUCCUCCUGGGAGAGCAGCCCGCGUGGCCGCCUUCCACGUUCCCGCAGAUUUCGUCGUUGGUUGGGGAAGAAACCUCGCAGAGCUUCGGUUUCAGUGCAGUUAGCAACAACGAUCUCCUGCGUGAUGGGAAGACGUAUCCACAGCUAGGCAAUGUGCCCUCUGCACCACUGCAGAUACAUGAUGAUGUCGAGUUCAACACUGGAAAGAUGCUCUCUUUCACUCAGGGACUUGGACAGCAACUGAACACUAGUACAAACUUUGGCGAUCUGCAGCUCGGUCAAAAGGAACUCAGCGGUCUGCAUCACCUGAACCUCUCGUCGCUCGUCUCUGGGCAGCAGCUCUCGUCGUUUAAUGCAACAGGAGCGACGCAUAAUCCUGAACAGUCUAGCGAAGUCAGCAGUGGCAAAAUUGGACUGAACGCGCCGCCGUUCAUGACUCGACCAGAGGUGGCAAAUGGCAAUGGGGCUGCUGGGAAUGGAGCUCCUAAGCCGCGCGUCAGAGCUCGCCGUGGCCAGGCAACUGAUCCGCACAGCAUUGCAGAGAGGCUCCGAAGGGAGAAGAUCUCUGACAGGAUGAAGAAUUUACAGGAGCUCGUUCCAAACUCCAACAGGACUGACAGGGCAUCCAUGCUUGAGGAGAUCAUCGAAUACGUCAAAUUUCUCCAGUUGCAAGUGAAGGUUCUUAGCAUGAGCAGGCUGGGCGCGACGGAAGCCGUCGUCCCGCUCCUGACAGAGUCUCAGACCGAGAGCUCCGGUGGCCUUCUCCUGUCCCCGAGGUCAGGCUCAGGCUCAGGCAGGCAGCGGUCAGGCGGAGGCAGCCUGUCGUCGUCUGAGGCCCGGGACGGCGCGGCGUUCGAGCACGAGGUGGCGCAGCUGAUGGAGAGCAACAUGACGACGGCGAUGCAGUACCUGCAGAGCAAGGGCCUGUGCCUCAUGCCCAUGGCGCUGGCGUCGGCGAUCUCGGAUCAGAAGGGGGCGUCCUCAGCGGCGGUCCAGCCGGAAAAUGGGGGCGGCGCCAAGGAAAUGCUGCGCGCGGCGAAGCCCCUGGGAAGCCCAAUCCAAGGAAGAUGA